AGCCAUCUCCCAAAUCCUGAAAAUAGUUGCCAUAGCAUUUUCUUCUCUAUUCUCUCUCCCUCCUCCCACUCCCACCCCAGGAUAACACAGGGCUACAGUUUCCGUCAAGAGCAAGGGACAUUUCAAGAUUUCAAGACAGUAAAUCAGUAAUAUGAUAUUUAAACUAUGUAGAAAUUGGGGGAUUUCCUAUGACACUAUAGGAGAUUGGGUUGCUAUUAAGUUCUUUGAGAUAUACUGAUCCUUUCACAUGCAAUUGUAGUGCAUGUGAUAGAAGAGUGGAAAGAACAUAGGAAUAAUACUUAAAACCGAAAAUAUACGUUUUCCUACAGCGCAAGUCAACCUAGAUCCACCUCCAGAAAAACAAGACAAGAGCUAGUACAACUGAUUCCUUUCAGCACUGUCUACGGUGGACAGCUCUCACCCGUGCUUGCCUCCCCCUCUGCAGAGUCUUUCUGGGAUUUCCCCAUCGGACAGCAGAACAUCUGGAUCCAGUCACCAGAAGAAGCAUGGACCACAGGAGAACUGCUCCGAGAAUCUUGCGUCUUCAAGUCCUGUUCUUGCUUUUCCAUACAAUUGCUCAGAUCAUGGCAGAACAAGAAGUUGAAAAUCUCUCAGGUCUUUCCACUAACCCUGAAAAAGAUAUAUUUGUGGUGCGGGAAAAUGGGACAACGUGUCUAAUGGCAGAAUUUGCAGCAAAAUUUAUUGUACCUUAUGAUGUGUGGGCCAGCAAUUAUGUCGAUCUGAUCACGGAACAAGCUGACAUUCCACUUUCCCGGGGGGCCGAAAUGAAGGGCCGGUGUGGGCACAAUGAAUCCGAGUUGCAGGUUUUCUGGGUCGACAAAGCUUAUGCUCUCAAAAUGCUCUUCGUGAAGGAAGGCCACAACACCUCGAAGGGCCUGGAAGCUUCCUGGAGGCUGAGCAAAGUGCAGUUUGUUUAUGACUCCUCCGAGAGAACUUACUUCAAAGACGCUGUCAAUCCUGGGAAGCACACAGCCAAUUCUCAUCGCCUAUCUGCCUUAGUCACUCCAGCUGGGAAAUCCUAUGAGUGCCAAGCUCAACAGACCAUCUCCCUCACCUCCAGUGAUCAUCAGAAAACUGUUGCUAUGCUUCUCUCAUCGGUUCACAUCCAGCCCUUUGAUAUUAUCUCUGACUUUGUUUUCAGUGAAGAACACAAGUGCCCUGUUGAUGAGAGGGAGCAACUGGAAGAAACUUUGCCUCUGAUUUUGGGGCUGAUCCUGGGCCUGGUCAUUGUGAUAACACUCACAAUUUACCACAUACAUCACAAACUGACGGCCAAUCAGGUGCAGAUUCCAAGGGACAGAUCUCAGUACAAGCACAUGGGAUAGGGGGAGGCAGCAAGACAGGUUAUAGCCACUGCAAACCUUUAUCAGGUAGAGAAAGCUCAAGCACCUACAAUGCCCUCCUCCUUCAUUCCCACCUCUCCCUCCCCAGGACACACCAAUAGAACUGCCGCAUACCAGCCAGCACAAAGUGGAGGCUCAGCACGUGUUCAUGCUUAAUCCCAAUGGGUGAAAAUUCUUCUCUCAUAUUCUAAGGGUGAACAUCAGCCCUUUCACCUGUCCUCUCUCCAUGCAGGGAAUUUCCUGGGGAAGUCAGCCAAUGUUCAUGUUUUUCUGGCAUUGCUUUGAUUUACCUGGGCUAGCACAGGGGAGUCAAGGAACAACAUACCAAACUGAGAGGAGAGUUUAGCCUUACAGAUUAAAGACAGGAAACUUUUUUUUUAACCCUUCAUGAAAAGAAACCCUUUUCAGGCAUGAAUAAAUGGGAGAACCCUUAUUCUUUUGGACAUUUUUGGAUUACCCUGCAAAGUUGUUGAUAUGCAAAAUAUAUAGCACCCCAUGCUACUGCAAGUCAACUUGAAAGUGAUACAUGCUUUUGGCUGGGCAUUCUGCAUGUACAAUGAUUGUCAUUGAAGUGUUACAUUGCUAUUGCAACUGAUGAUUUCACAGCAAAAGGAAACGUUAAAUUUACUAUGCAGAUUAUUUCAGGCAUUAUAAAAAUAUAACAGGUACAAAUAUCAGAACUUCAUAUAAAUUCAUGUAAGUUUGUUUUUAAAAUAUGGAUUAAAAUAGACAGUAUAUAGUAUUUUACUUCAUUUCUUGGGAAAAAUAAACAAACCUAGGAAAUCUCUAUGUCAUAAUGAAAUCAUCACAGAGAUGAAAAGGAAUUGUUGCUGUUUGUUAAAUCCUUCAGAAGAGCUGAUGGGAUGGGGGAAAGAGGAGAUAGAUUUCCUUUGGUGGUGGAGAGGCAAGAAAGUAGAAAGACUGGGAAGUUGGUCGAGGCUAAGAAGGUGACCUUUACUAUUUAAGGAUAUUAAAAACCUUCAUUAAUUCUGGUAACAACAGUCAAUUUCAGUAAUUGAACACUAAUCCAUAAUAUAAUAUUCUUUGUACUAUUUUACAUGAACAUACAUACAUAGCUGUAGGUCUUGGGUUAAGCAUAUUAUCUUGGAUUAAAAAAAAUUAAGGGAACUAAUUAUACCUUUGAACUGGUCUGAAAUCCCAGGUGUUUUUUGAGCUUUCAUUUUUAUUCGAUCCUGGAGACCAAAGAAAAGAAACAUAGAAUCACAGAAUCUGAGUUGGAAGAUAUUGGCGCAACCCAAUCCUGAACAGGAAUUCCUUCUAAAAUCUAUUUGAUGCACGGUCAUCCAACCUUCCCUGGAGACAUAGAAUGAAGGUGAAUCCAUUAAUUCUAGAAGCAACAUGUUUCACUCUUAGAUAAUGCUAAUUGCUAGGAAAUAAUUUCCUUACAUUAAGCCUACACUUUCCUCUUUGCAGCUCCUGUCCUUUGAUCUUACCUCUGCCUUUUAGGGAAGGAGUAAAAUAAACCCAAUCCCUCUUCUACAUGACUGCCCUCUAGCACUUGAAGAAAACUAUCAUAUCUUUCCCAAAUGGUUUCUUUUCUGUCAAAAAUCCCUGGUUGCUUUGAUAGAUUCUCAAGGGUUCCUCAACAUUUUGAUUUCCUUCUUCUUUGGAGAUACUGGAGGGGAAGGAAAGGGAUGAAAAAUUCCUAGAAAUUUAAGCCUAUGCUUUCCAAUAUGUCUUUUGCUCUUAAGAUUAACAGCAAAGUCCCAAAUGUGGUUUCUGACUCACAAUUGUCAAGAAAUAUUCAGUUUUGAUUACAGUCUCUCAUGUAAGCCCUCUGGCCCUUCUCUCAUCCUUUCUUCCUGUCUCUCAGGGAAGAGUCUCUCUCCUGCUUUGCUUUAUUGUGGAUACUUUUAACCCUUGUCUUCCCAGAGCCCCAGCAGUGAGGUUUACCUGUUUUCACUCCUUCUGAUGCACUACAAACAACUAGGGCAGAAUCUCCUUCUGCCUUUUAGCACCUAAGGCCAUGGACAUUAAGAAAGUAGCAAUCCAAACACUUUCUCCUUUUUUUUCUUAUCCCUUCUACUGUCAACCAGGCUGUGUGUCUCUACUCUAUGCUCUCAGACCUCAUAUGAGUACAUACACAAAAGUAGGAAAGUGGGCAGUUUGGAGUAAAGACUUUUCCCCCCUCUCAAAUAUUCAUAGGUGAAAUAGGAAAAUAUGAAAAUGACGAACAAUGACAAGUAAAUUAACACAUACACCAGAGAUGGAAGAUUGGACUUCUGAUAGCUUUUGAGAUUGUCCUUUUAAUGGAAUUCACCAAUGACAGGAGUUCAUCCCUAAAUGUUCAUUAUCUGGUCUAGUCUUAAAGGUGAGAAGUUACAGCAAUUUCAACAUUUCUAUCAUCAGCAUUAUUGAUUCCCAGAAGAUUUGACUGCAUCUAUUCUUUCAUUAUAUAUUUUGCACCAAUAAGAAAAACUUUCCCAUCUCUUCUAAAAGUAACAUUUUAAAUUUCAAAAAAGCUACAGCAAGUCUUUGAGCCAACAUUACUCAUUCUUUAUCAGCUCUAUUGGACACAAUUGUCAUUCUGGGUCUUGUCAUUCCAUUCUUCUGUUGCUCUUUUUUUUUUUUUAAUUUCCAUAUUCUACUUCCCCCUCCUCCUCUACUCUUGAGUAGGAGUUCUUACCUGAGAUAUAUGAACUUGCUUUAAUUUUUUUGAAAACUAUGUAUUUUAUUUUAUAUAUUCAAAAAAAGGGGGCGGCUAGGUGGCGCA